UCCCGCUCUGAAAUGAUCCCCCCUUGAAGCCUCGUUUGUCAAGAAGGUAUCGCCCCAUCGCUGCUUGACCCCACGCGACCCGACCAGCGGUUCUUCUGACUGACCAUCGCGGCGACCAUAACUCAGGAUGCCGCACUUGGAGCACUUGCCAAACGCCUGACCAGCACAUACAAACACAAUCCGCGCGGUACUGCGGUGCCGUCGCUUCUUGCCUUGCUGCAUCUGGCACAUCGCAGCUGAGAGGGACAGGGGCUCAGCGACGCAACACCACCAAUGAGGGCGGCCAUUCAACGGAUCUGCACCGCUCCCCAAGUCAGCCGCAUCCACGAGAUCCGCUUCUACGCCUUCUUUGGUAAUAAUUUCACAACAAUCGUGCCCGUACACAACACAACACACACUCAGCAAUGACAGUCAGACAAUGUGUGUGUGUGUGUGUGCGUGUGUGAGCAGAGGAUGUGUUGAUAACGUUCUCCCUUCUCAUCAUGGCCAUUGGCUUCUUGCUGGCAAUGGAGGCGGACAUGAUUUACUGGCCCGUGUUCUACCUGGAGAUGUUCGACAAGGACAUCACCCGCAGCAUGCUGCUGCCCGUCUACACGGGGCUGUGCAUCCUCUCGCCCCUACUUGUCGCAUGGAUCCUUUGGGUAACCAAGGAAGAAGAAACGCUCACGAACAAACAGAUAGAGAGAGAGACCAAUGCAAUGUGCGUGUUAUGGUGCGGUGCGCCUGUCAGAUGAAAGUGGAGUCGAGUCCGCUGCGGCUGCGUGCGUUGUCUGCCCGCACAGCCGAGGUGCCCCGUCCCCACCGUGAUGGCGUCCCCACCAUGAUCCCAUGGCCAACGCGGGCACGGGUGCUCUACCUCUCUGCGGCGAUCCCUAUUCUCGGCUUCACAGUGACGAUUGAGUACCUCUCCGGCUAUGUCGACCCUUUCCGCAUGAGCCGAUUUGAGCUGUGCUGGCUGACCUGGGUGACGAAUGUGGUCAUGAUGCAUUUGUCGGGGGUGCUGGUGGACCUCAUCCCCAGCCGCAUCGUCAAGAGGUACGAGUCAGCCUCGCCCCAGAGCUCCCUCCAUUCCACCGACCCGGCAUCAACGAGCCCCGAUAGCGCACCCGAUGAGCCCCCCAGCGCCCCUGUGUCUGUGGCCGUCGACCCAGUGGAGACCGAGACGCUCUGCUACCUUUUCCAAGUGCUGUGCAUUAUACCCAACAGCGCAUUCAUCGUAAUGCUGAUACCGCUUGCGAGCUACCCCGGCCUGAUGGCGUGGCAGCGGCGGGACUAUGGCGUGCUGUUUGGCGUCAAUGGCGAGGGCGAAGGUGGGGAGGGGGAGGGGCUGGUGGAUGCCCGGCCUUAUGUGGACAUGAUGCGCAUCGUGGCUACCGACUCGCUGGCCUUCCUCGGCUUGACGCGGACGUCGACCCACGUGCUGCGGAUAGCGGCUGAUGUGAUGAGGAAGACGAUUCGGGGCAAGAACGCACAGGCCUUCAAGAGGUGGUGUCUGCCCGAGCGCAUCUACGGGUCUCGCGAGCUGUUCGCCCUCAACACCAUCAUGUUCGCCCACAUGUGCAUCUUCGCCCCACUGAACCCUUGGAACGCCUUUGUCGGUACGUCGAGUGAGGCGAUGCGGCAACGGGUGUGGACUUGACUGACACAUAUGCGAUCGAUGUCAUGUGGGUGUCAUGUAUUGUAUUGUAUGCAGCUGCUCUGUUCCUGAUAACCCACAAGCUGAUGCGCAUGGUGCGCAUUCGAUUCCUGUACGCUGAUGCAGAGGUGAGGGAGGGAGGGAGGGAGGGAGGGGGUCGGGAACCAUUCACUCCCCUCUUGGCUGGGCUGAGUGUCCUCUCUUCUCCGACCUGCUGCAGGACACAGCCAGCCAUGACGAUCGUGUGUUGCCGGUGGCCGUGGCGGCACUUAGCCCCUUCGCCGCCCUCUGCCAUGUCUUCCUGCUCGCACCACUGGCACUCAGAUACACACGUACGCAAAUCCAUCAUCAUACCCAAUCCAUGCCAUGCGAUCGCUUCUCACCCUCAUUUGAUGUGUCCCGGUCUCUUCGUCACGUCAGUGACCGCCCUGACCGGGCUGGCGGUGACGGGGACGGUCGUCACUACGUGGGAGAUCUGGCGGAAGCUCACGCAGCGGAGACUGAUGCUGAGGUGCAAAGCCUUCGACAACGACGAGCCUUAUGUGGAACCGCCGGCGCCCUCCAGCUGCACCCCCCUCGCGCACAACCAGCUCAAUGACGACAUGCUCGCACAGCAUGAACAGCAACACCAACAACAGCCAGACCAACGAGCUGAUGAUGAUGCCCAUGAGACGGGACAGGGAGGGGGAGAGGGGGAAGAGGCCCAAGGCGGCGCAACGAGCCCCGAGGACGGUGCGCAGGGUGGCGGUGCGGACGAGGCGACGCCGAUGAACCGCAGCACCAGCCAGCUGGAGGUGGAUCUGGGGGGCACGACGUCUGUUCCCGUGACGCGGUUUCGGCAGGACCUUGACGUGCAGAUGGAGGCCAUCUCGAGCAGAAGCGACCCUGCCGCUGCUGCUGCGGCUGCUGCUGUCGCUGACUUUGCGUAUCAGAUCGACAUUCUGUCUCCGCCCUGCUCUCCCACACUGCCGAUCGACCCAUGGUUCCAGUCGAUUCGGUCGCGGCCUCCUGACUGUCCUCCUUCAGCCCCACCAGCACCAGUUGCCCACUUUCCCGCCCCCAUGUCGUUCGUCGCCCUCAUGGACGGGGCAAGGCCGGGCUUCACUGAGGCCUACCCCAGCACCACGGGCGGCUCCAGCAGCAAGAUGCAGCCGACAUCCUGUGCGGACGAAGAAGAGGGCGAUCGGCGCUCCAGCGACAGCACCCCGAUGCAGCGGCCGCGCACCAUUCGGCGGUCGUCACCCGAGCUGAGCCCCCCCUCUGACGCGCCGACGUCGGUGCUGUCGCCUUGUGCGUCGCCACACCCGUCUGUGCGUCGAUCGGCCCCUGCUGUGCCGCCACUGGACCUGAGCAAGCUCAUACGGCCCCCGGGAACCGUGGCGAGGCGACCGGGUGCCUUCCCCCCUGUGACGCUGAUCAAUAUAGGCGGUGGGGUAAUGUCGUCUCCAUCUGUGGUGCGCUCGGACAGCGAGAGCACGCUGGGAGGCGGUGGGUAGGGAGGUAGGGGGCGGGGGGAGGAAGUGGUUUUGUCGGUGGGCGUUUUGUCGCCCGCUGUGUUAUGGAUGGGCGUGUUCUGUGGUGUGUGGUUGUUUUUGCUCCCUACUGUUGUUUGUGAGAGGAAGAUUGAUUGGUCUUCAUUGUUGAUGGACGGCUGUUGCUGCGAGCUGACAGGCUGCUGCACAUGGUGUGACGGGCGUGGGUGGUGUGGUGGGCGGAGGGAAGCGACUUUCUUAACCCAUUUUCCCCAAAAGAACUGUUUCUCGCCCGCCUCACUGUGUGCACGGCGUGGAUGGGUGGGUGCAUGCUAUGAUUCGUACAUGGUCUUUUUCAUCGUUUUCCCCUUUCCUCGGUCCUUUUCUCUGAAGGAAGAUUCCUUCAUCCCUUCGAGUGAGUAUUGUAGAUCGACAGACCGACAGACAGACAGACCGAGAGACGGUAAGGCCUAGGCAUGUGUCAUUGAUGUAACAAUGUAAGGCAGGGAUUGCGGCAAAGGCUGCAUGGAUGCAUGAAAUGGAUGGUCCGAUUGGCGCGAUGAGAUGUGUUAUGUCCUGUCUGUGUCUGUGUCUGUGUGUGUACAGACGUCCCGUCCAUGUGUGCGUGCACGAACGUUGCAUCUAUGGGGGCGGUUGGGUCUGUGGGUCUGUCGGUCUGUCUGUGUGGUGGCAAAAGAGACCUUCCAUCGAACAGAUGAACGCUUUUCCUCCC